AUGGAAGAGGACAAAGGUACUGCUGCUCAGAGCUUAAUUGAUGUAGUGAACGAGAUUGCUUCGGUUUCCGAUUACCGUAUAACGGUGAAGAAGCUCUGUAGUAAUCUAGCGAGGAGGUUAAAGCUACUUGUUCCGAUGUUCGAGGAAAUUAGAGAGAGCAACGAGCCGAUCAAUGAAGAUACGAUGGGGACGUUACUCUCCUUGAAGGAAGCCAUGUCCUCGGCGAAGGAUUAUCUCAAAUUCUGCAGCGAAGGGAGCAAGAUUUACAUGGUGAUGGAGAGGGAACAAGUGACAAGUAAAUUGCUGGAGGUGUCAGUUAAGUUAGAACAAUCUUUGAGCAAGAUUCCGUAUGAGGAUCUGGACAUAUCGGAUGAAGUUAGAGAACAGGUUGAGCUGGUUCUCAGCCAGUUUCGGCGAGCCAAAGGUAGAGUAGAUGCAUCAGACGAUGAACUAUAUGAAGAUCUUCAGUCGUUGUGCAACAAAAGCAGUGAUGUAGAUGCUUAUCAGCCUGCCCUGCAGCGGGUGGUGAAGAAGUUACAGCUGAUGGAGAUUCCUGACCUAGCUCAAGAAUCAGUGGCUCUGCACGAAAUGGUUUCUUCGAGUGGUGGAGACGCCGGUGAAAACAUUGAGGAGAUGGCAGUGAUACUGAAGCUGAUUAAAGAUUUUGUGCAGAUGGAGAAUGACAACAACGAGGACCAGAAAGUAGGGGAUAACUCAAGAAGCAGUGGACAAACUUCCACGGCAGCGAGUCAGAAAAUCCCCGUGAUUCCCGAUGAUUUUCGCUGUCCAAUAUCCCUGGAAAUGAUGAGAGAUCCAGUUAUUGUUUCAACAGGGCAGACCUACGAACGCACCUGCAUUGAGAAGUGGAUAGAAGCUGGACACUCGACAUGUCCAAAAACACAGCAGGCUCUUACAAGCACAACUCUCACACCAAACUAUGUUCUCCGUAGUCUCAUAGCUCAGUGGUGCGAGGCCAACGAUAUCGAGCCACCAAAGCCUCCGAGCAGUUUAAGACCCAGGAAAGUAUCGUCCUUUUCGUCCCCAGCAGAAGCGAACAAGAUCGAAGAUCUUAUGUGGAGACUUGCUUAUGGAAACCCAGAGGACCAACGAUCUGCAGCUGGGGAAAUCCGCCUCCUUGCAAAACGAAAUGCAGACAACCGUGUGGCCAUAGCCGAAGCUGGAGCCAUACCUCUUCUUGUAGGCCUCCUCUCAACUCCUGAUUCUCGUAUCCAAGAACAUUCGGUAACAGCUCUUCUAAACCUCUCCAUAUGUGAGAACAACAAAGGAGCCAUUGUUUCGGCUGGAGCUAUUCCUGGUAUAGUUCAAGUGCUUAAGAAAGGAAGCAUGGAGGCUAGAGAGAAUGCAGCAGCUACGCUUUUCAGUUUAUCGGUGAUUGAUGAAAACAAAGUGACUAUUGGUGCCUUAGGAGCGAUCCCGCCACUCGUUGUACUGCUUCAUGAAGGUACACAAAGAGGCAAGAAAGAUGCUGCUACUGCACUUUUCAACCUCUGCAUAUACCAAGGAAACAAAGGAAAAGCAAUACGUGCAGGAGUGAUUCCCACUUUGACUAGACUCUUGACAGAGCCCGGAAGCGGAAUGGUCGAUGAGGCGCUUGCGAUUCUGGCGAUUCUCUCUAGCCAUCCCGAAGGGAAAGCGAUCAUAGGAUCCUCUGAUGCAGUCCCGAGUCUAGUGGAGUUUAUCAGAACUGGUUCGCCUAGAAACAGAGAGAACGCAGCUGCAGUUCUAGUCCACCUCUGUUCUGGAGACCCACAACACCUGGUCGAAGCGCAGAAACUCGGCCUUAUGGGUCCGUUGAUAGAUUUAGCUGGGAAUGGGACAGAUAGAGGGAAAAGAAAAGCAGCCCAGUUGCUUGAACGCAUCAGCCGUCUAGCUGAACAGCAAAAGGAGACGGCUCAGGCACAACCGGAAGAAGAAGCUGAACCAACACAUUCAGCAUCUGCCACCGAAGCUGCUGAUACUACUUAA